AUGCGCGAGGCUACGGUUGCUGUUGGCUCUGUCGCGUUCGUCGGUCCCGCCCACGUUAACGCUCUGACCGAGUUCCGCUACGUGCGCGUGAUAAACCUGGAUGGAGAAGUGGCCACGGUCGCGCCCAUUGACCUUGACGCCGACGAUGAAGACGACGAAGACCUCGGCGAGGAAAUCGGCGUCAAGGUGCUAAAACGCCGCCUUGUCUCUGAUGAGGAGCGUGCGCUGUGGCCCGGCACCUACGUCGGCCAUCCAAUUGCCUUUAUCCAGCCCGACGGACCCACCAUGGAUCAGUGGGACUUUGGCCUCGUCACGGGUUAUCGCAUGGUCGGCGCGGAGGGCUGGCUUCACGUUCGACACGCCAACGGUACCUGCAAGGUAGCCAUCCAGCAGAUGUCCAAUGCCAUCAAGGUGGACUGGAUCAACUACGCACUCCAUCCCAGCGCCGGCAAAAACGCUGCGGUCGUCCACGCAGUCGAACUGGUCGAAAUCAUGGACGGAAGACUGGCGUCAUGCAACAGGAACCGCGAUGUGCCAGCCAAGGCUACCCGUCAGAAGAUCGCACAAGAACUGCACGAGCUUGCAAGCGACGAGUCCGACAUCGAGGAGUCGGUCCCGCCCACCGCAGUGGACGACGACGACCUUCAAGCUGUACUACUUCAAAACCGGCCCCUCACGUUCAGUCGCCUGGCUGCUGGUCAGGGCGACAUGUCGUCCACUAUGCUGGACGCCACCGAUGACGCCCGCAGACGCUCGACCACUACGUUCCGACCGACAACCUACGAGCAGCAGGUUCACGACGCAAUCACCCAUCCGGACAACAAAGGUAAGGACGCCCAAUGUGUGCUUGAAUAUGCUCAACAGGCUCGUGAUGUCAACUUUCGCCGAACCCCUCCGGUGCUACGUGGCGCUUACGACUUUGGAUUCCAUGUCCGGGGACUAUCGGUGGCUCACUUCGCGCAAUACACAGCAAAGAUGAUGUUGAAUGACACGACAGCGGUCGUGAACAUGAGUGACUUCUCCCGUAAGAACUGCCUGCCAGCGACGCCCAGUUCCCUGUCCUACUCGGAGCUAAUCGACUCCCUCCGCAACCUUCGUCAAUUCGGUCGAACUUUCUACAACGCGACAACUGUGGACGUGCUCGACGCCGCCGCAGUCUUUGUUGAAGCAUUCGGUGACGGUGGCGAGCCCGACAUUGACACGACUCGCCGGAUUUUGUUAUGGCUCAACAUGAAGCUCGGCAAGUUUCGAGGACUGGUUCUUUCCGGGGGGAUAGGAGCAGCGGUCUGCGUCAAAAGCGAGUUUUCCCUGCACGACCCGCUCCUAGCCAAACUACUGUACGAACAACAACAGGCAAAAAUCGCCGACCUGCUAGCGCAACUGGACGCGAGAUCACCCGUCGCCCUCACCGGACGUGCAAGCGGUCGUGACUCCCGCCCCGAGAAGCAGAGCGGGGUUCCCAAGGUGGUGCUGCGCAAUCUGCCGAAACAAGGUUCUCUUCAAUUGUGCAUGAAAUAUCUCUCUCGUGCUGAUUGCUCAGGCAACGGUGUGCCCGGCAAGUGCUUCUCAGCUAAACGCGCGCACUUCCGCCCCAAAAUGCUACCGGCCAACGUGAAAGAGUACAUCGAGCAGCGCUUCGGUGGACUCGCCCCCGACGUUGCCGACCAGUGA